AUGUGCUUCUCAAAUAAAACUCCUGCAAUGUCUUCAUGUUCAGUUCCUGGAUGUAAAUCACGUCAAAUGAAAUCUGACGGCACACGUUUGUCAUUGCAUUUAUUUCCCGAUCCUGCACGAGAACCGGAAAGGCAUCUUCGAUGGGUUCGCCUUAUAAACAGUGAAAAAGUCUUUUCAAAAAGUCCUGUAGUUGUUUUUAAACAGCUAAGAGUGUGUCGAUGUCAUUUCGAUGCAAAAAGUUUCAAUGGAAGUUGUAAAAAGUUGAUGAACGACGCGAUUCCAACUUUAUAUCUUCCACAAGAUUCUUCACGCUUUAAAACCAAAAUUUUGCUUUAUGAAUUACAAAUCAAGAAUCUCUUGAAACAAAAUACUAUCGAUAUUCAACAAGAACUUCCUCAAGAUAUCACACCGGAAGUGGGUUCUCAAGAUUUGCAUGAAGACUCACCGAUGGGUGAAGAAAAUUUUGAGUUAGUUGAAGUGGAAAACUCACUGGGAGGUAAUCAAGAGUAUACGAUAAUUGUGAAAAAUGAAACACAAUCAGCCAAACAUGCAAUUGAAGUUGAAGUGAAACCAAUACCAAAGAUGAUUACAUCACGACAAAUAUUAACAUCACAAAAAAAUUUUUUUCUGAAAGAAAACUUUAAAAAGGCUGAAAAAGCGUUGAAUGCCGAAAUGAUUCAGAAAAUGCGCAUUGACUUCUUUAACGAUCCAAAGAAGCAACUUGCACAGAAUAUUUGUAAUUUAUCUGAUCCAUUAGAUGUUGCGUUAGCUGAUUCAAAGACUCUUGGAAAGUGUUCUCUAUUUGAAGACAUUGUGGAUCUCCCAUCUGCUUCUGAACGGUCAUGGAUCUCAACCUACCACAAAAUUAUGAGUUCAUCUUUUUCUAAUCAUUUAAAUAUUGAGGAAUUUCAAUUCUCAGAUGAAUAUUUCUAUUAUUGGGAUAGAAUUGAACGCAGUUACUACUUCCUUGAUAAAAUAAUUUCGAUGGCUCAAAAAGGAGAAGAAUUAAGUGAUCGACUUUUAACUCAUCUCCUUUCAGAUCCACUUCCGCAAGGUGGAAACUUUUCAUUAAUCGUCAAUAUUAUUGAGAAACACGGUGUCAUGCCUAGAAUUAAUUUUUUAAAAAGUCCAAACGUCGAAACCGUAAAUCGAAUGAAUUUAAUUUUAAAGUCGAAACUUCGUGAAUUUGCGAAAUUAGUUUAUGAUGACAUUUCAUUACAAGUAUCAGAAGUUUCUGUUCAAGCGACGAUGCAUUCACAAAUGACAGAAAUUUAUAACAUUGUGGGUAUUUGUAUUGGAAUACCGCCAGAAACUUUUCAAUGGGAAUAUAAAGAUGAAGAGAAAAGAAUUAAAUCUGUUGGUUCGAUAACUGGUCACGAUUUCUAUCAAAAGUAUGUGAAAAAUACUUUCAAUCUCGAUGAUAAAGUUUGCGUCAUCAACGAUCCUCGUUCAACAAAUCAAUAUGAGAAAACUUACACCGCAGAAUGUUUAGGAAACAUCGUUGAUGGUCAUUCCGUUAACCUGAUUAAUCAACCAAUUCAUGUUCUUAUCGAUUUAGUCGUCAAGAGUUUAAAAUCUGGCGAAGCAGUUUGGUUUAUCAGCGAAGUUAGCAAACGUUUCUCGAAUUCAUGUGACAUGAAAAAUCUCGAAAUAGGAAAUUACAAACUUUUGUUUGAUACUGAAGUUGAGUUAGGAUUAAACAAAGCUGAUCGAAUGACUUUUGGAGAUUUUAGUACGAGUAUGGCUAUGAUUAUAACUGGCGUUAGUUACAACAGCGAUGGAACACCAACAAAGUUUCGUGUUGACAACGAUUCAGUAAAUGACGAGAAAAAAUAUUUGAUCAUGUCAAAAGAAUGGUUCGAAGAGUUUGUCAUCGCAAUUGUCAUCGAUAAAAAGCAUUUAAACGAAGAUGAAUUAAAUAUUUUAGAUACUGAGCCAACAUCUCUUCCUGCCUGGGAUCCAAUGGCGAAUUUUUCAUUGUAAACUUCUCUUUCUUCUACGUCAGGUUUCUUUAAAUUUUUGUGAAAUAAAUGACCGAAGAUAA